AUGCACUUCCAGCCCAUCGAGAGGACAGACGAAGAGGGUCAUCAGCCUCCGACCGUAGCCGGCAUGGAGCCUGCCAUUGCCAAUGACAGCCUAGACGACGUAUUUGGUGAUGCGGGUCCUGAUGACGAGAACUCCACCGACAACCUCUCCCACCCGUCGGACAUGCGACGGCUCGAGACGGACCACGCCACAGCUGGAUACCGCGAGGGCAUCGCCGUGGGCAAGCAGGAGACCUUGCAGGAGGGCUUCGACGAGGGAUACAGCAUGGGUGCAGCCAUCGGUCUCCAAGCAGGCCAGAUCCUCGGUAUACUCGAGGGGAUAUCGGAGGCUUGCAGCAGCAAGAUGCCGCAACGGCAGGGGCCAGAGCUGGACCGGGAAGCAUCGCUCGGUGCCGAAAAGCUUCUCGCCGAGGCACGUAACGAGCUGAGCGUCGAGCGCCUCUUCAGCAGCUCUUACUGGAGGGCGACGGGCGAGCCGAGCUACGACGUCGCCGGCAACUUGCUCCGGCACAGGGACGGGGCACUUGCCCACCCGCUCGUCCGAAAAUGGACUGCCGUCAUGGAGGAGCAGCUCCGGCUGUGGUCGAUUGAUCGCUCUGUCCUGAGCCAGGAGGACGGCGGCGGCAGCAGCAGGCCCGACGACCCAUCCACGACGUCGUCGCAGGACGAGCAGCUCGAACACGGAGCCCAGCCCCCGACACUUGAUCCUCUGGACUGGUGA